GCAGACGACGCACAAGGUGCAGACGACGCCAUUUCAUGACGUCACUGCAAAACCUCUAUAAUCCUUGGCUCCUCCUCCACGUGGGAAGUCCUAAGUCUAGUGUGACAUCACGAUCAAGUUCGAGGUGUUUUGAGAGGCGGCCUCAACUCAACCCGCUGAACCUGAUGAUCAGAGAGCACAGGAAGAAUUAGUGUGCCAUUAUGGGGAGUGGAGAAAACACCAAACUGAGGGUGCUGUGUCUGCAUGGAUACAGACAGACUGGCAAGACUUUCAGGGAGAAGACUGGUGCAUUUAGAAAGUUACUUAAGAAACACGCCGAGUUUGAGUGUAUGACGUCACCGCUAAAAGUGCCGGCGGUGGAAGCCAUUGAUGGUGACAGUGAUGGUGGUGAUGGUGGGAGUGGCUGGUGGUUCAGUCAACCGAACGACUACUUCAAGGCUCAGGAUGAGAGCCAGUGUGUUAAGGGUUAUGAGGAGUCCCUGAGGGCCAUAGAAGAGUUCGUGGCUGAGCAUGGUCCGUUUGAUGGCCUGUUGGGGUUCAGCCAGGGGGGUGCCAUGCUGGGGCUCCUCUGUGGCCUCCAACAGCAGGGAAAGUUGCCAUUCUCCUUCAGGUUUGCCAUCUUUGCCUCUGCCUUCAGGUCACGCUCGUUGCCACACCAGGCCCUCUACUCACAGAAGAUUAAACUGCCAACACUGCAUGUCUAUGGCCUGCAGGACAAGGUGAUAGAAGCACCCAUGAGUGAGGAGUUUCUUGAGUACUUCAGUGACCCCCAGACACUAGUGCACCCUGGGGGCCACUUCCUGCCUGCCACCGGGGCUCAGAAGGCAGCCUAUGUCACCUUUCUUGAACGCAUGGCAACCCAGAACACCAGUGACUGACAGGGAUGACUGAUGGAUAACCCUGACCUUGCCUACCAUGGUGGUCAUCCUAAACCAGUGUUGCCAUGUGUGACUGGAAUAGUGGAUGACCCCUCGUGAUGAAUGACCUCGACCUUAACUGCUAUUGUGGUCAUAUUCUUGGAUUGUCUUUCCAUGAGUAAUGAUGAAUAAGUUCCUGAGUAUGAAUAUUAAAACCAGACUUACUCAUUAGUUGCUUGGAUUAGACAAGAUAAAAAGUCAAUGGUGUGUGUGUGUGAGAGAGAGAGUAUAACUUCGUCACAUAAACUAUUGCAUUCUUAAAUGUAAUAGAAAGUUAAAGAAAUAAAUAUAAAUCUACUAGUUG